UCAUCCCGCGCCUCUAACUCAGUCUGAGACCGCUCUUCCACACGACUUUACCGCCUCUUGAGAUAUAAGAUAUCACAUUCCUCUUGCCGCCCGAUUUUUCUUCCUGAUCACGGAAAGGUUUAUGUCCAUGUUAGACUUUUCAGUCGUGCAUAUCAUUCGAACCAAACCAAAUCUUGGUGGUCGGAAACAUUCGCAUAUCACCACGACCAUUUUAUCAACUUGCGCUCAGCCCAGUCCCCCGAUCUCGGCUGAUUUCCGUGGCUCCUCCGCACCCCACGACACGCCAUCCAGCUGAGCUGUGCACACUCGUCAUAGUCGCGUCGACGGCCACGCCACACCCAAACACGUAUCGAACCAGAACCAGAAUAUAUCAACAACGUCACCAGCCCUGGUGACGGUUGUUUUCAACACCACCCAGCGUCCCAAACCUACGCGAAAGUCAUUCACCAUGCAUUUCUUCGACUCACCCUCACCGAACUCCUCCUCCACCACCAUCACCAUCGGCUUCUCCACCAGCCCUUCCUCUAUCCGCUCUUCCUCCUCGACCUCCUCGACCUCCUCGACAUCCUCCACCUCUUCCUCCUCCGAUAGCACCUUCACCUGCGCAUUCCCGUCAUGGCCGGCCAGCAGCACGCUCUCAUCUUCAUGUCCCUACACGGGCUCACCGACCCCUUCCUACCUUGAAAACCCACCGAGCUCCUUCAUCAGCGACGAGGACCUCUUCGGCGAUCUGGAGCCCAUGCUGCUGACCGAGGCGCCCGCUCCACCGCGGCAGUACCAUCAGCAAGUGGCGCAGCCCUUGUUGCCACUGUAUGCCAGCGCAAGGCCGUACCCGGAGAAGAAGAAGCGGAGACGGAGUAGCGGAAAGAAGGCUGGGAAGGCGAAGACCAAUAUGGAGACCAUCCUGGAAGCCAAGGAGUCCCUUUAAUGAAUAAGUGAUGACAUGCUUUUAUGAAAUGAUGAAAGUAACGAUAUGAUACCCCUUACGAGUGAUGACAAAUGUACAUCACUGUCACUGCGGCCAUGAGCCCCCAUGUGGCCGCGACCAUCCGGCUUUGAGUCGCGUUGCGAUUCUACACCUUGAGAGAGUCGCUAGAAUGCAUGCGCUCACGCGCUGUU